AUGGGAAGAAGCUUGGCAUACUUUGAUGGUUGGUUUGGAUUGGGGGCAUCCGCCGUCCUUAAAGCAAUUGUCAAGCGACUUAGAUCAUCAUCAUCACGAGGGUCUACUACUGGGUUGACAACAGGCUUGAACAAAAUCAUCCACAUUGAUUGCUCACUGUGGCAAAGCAAGAGAGCUUUGCAGAAGGCAAUUGCAGAGGAGCUGCAGCUUCCCCAGCAUAUGAUGGCCAUCUUCGACCAUCAUGAUGAGGCGGAUAAUUUUGAUGGGGUGGAGGAGAGUGCUAGAGGCGUGAUACCACUUGUCACGAAGGCAAUCAUGGACAAUCUAUAUAACCACAGAUUCCUGUUGGUCUUCCAUAAUGGGAGCGGCGAGUACAUUGAUUUGUCGGAGUGUGGUGUCCCUGUAAUAGGGCUUUUAGGCAAGAGGGUGCUUUGGACUUCCCGCGGCAGGUUCCGCCUUCAUGGCAUACAAGAUGAGGAUGUGAAGAAGUUAGCUGGGAUGAGUGAUUUUGCUAUAAGUGCUGAUUUGUCUAGUGACUUGAUAUUUGAUAGAUUGGUGUCUCUCCUACACGCAGAGGCUAUGGAGGUAACCAGUUACAUUGGUAUGCCUGAACCAGACUUGAGCCCUAAGAUUGCCAUGGAGUGCUUCUUGUAUACGGUGCUGAUGAGAGGCGAAGACUAUGGCAUUGACUGGACCACCCAUGCAGCCAACUACUGGGUGUGCGAUGGGAUCAUACAGACACAGACCACCAAUAAUGGAAACAGAUCAGCAUGGGAGAUUGCUGAUGCCCUGCAUAGGAACAUGAACUUGCAGAUAGAUUGGCAUCCGAUUUGGGUGGUGAACAUCCGUGAUGUCAUUGGAUUGUGUUGUAAACAGUGGGAGUGUUGUGACCGUUGGGUUUCAGCCAACCGAAAAAAUGUACAUUAUCAACAGCAUCACAAGGAAAAGGAAGGCAAGCACUAUGACAUAGCAGUAGCACAAGUGCCACCUCAGGUGACAUCCUUUUUCUGUUCAGGGGCUGGAGCUGGACCAUUGGUUGACAACAACAAUGCUACAACAACACUAGAAGCUGGCAUAUUCGAUCAUUCAGAUAGAAGCAUGCUGCUGAGCGUGAUACAUCUGUCCUACUGUACAUUCAGUUUUUCACGGCCUCCUUUCCUUAGCUGCAGCAACCUAAGAUUCCUUUUGCUUGACCAUUGCAAAAAUAAGGACAUGUCGUCAAACCAUGGUGGUGACGAGGAGCAUCAUGAACACAACAACCAUGACAGCGGUGCUUGUUUUCGGAAGCUAUGGGUGCUGGAUCUAAGUUACACAGAUUGGUAUUGGUUGCUAUCAAAAGAAAUGAUGGACCUAAUGACUGAACUGAGGGAGUUGAGCGUGAAGGGAGUCAAGAACUGGAGCAUAAGCCAACUAGACCACCGUCAUUUUGGUGUCAAGAGCAACAGCUACUGGCUGCUCAACCUUAGCAAGCUUCGAGUGACAGCCGAGCCUGGCGUGCCAUCAUCGGUGGUAGCAGCAUUAUUCUUCCCGGACCUGUCAAGUUCAAGCCUCAAGACGAUCAUCCUUGAUGGUUGUGUUGAGAUGGAGAAACUUGGCCAUGACGCCGUACCUCCGUCUCUAGAGUCAUUUAGCUUCACCUGCGGCUAUGCUGACACAAAGAUGAAGAGCUUCUCCUUCCGAGCAUGUGCCAAAUUUGAGACUCUGCUGCUGAGAGGAUUGUUUAGGAACCUCCUAGAGCUGGACUUGUCAGGUACAGCGGUGAAAACCCUCGACCUCAGUGCAAUCCAAGCCUCACGCUUGAGGCGGCUCUUCUUAAUGGGAUGUGAGAAGCUCUGUGCAAUACUAUGGCCUCAGGAAGGCAAUAAUAAGCUAAAACUAGAGGUGCUGCUCAUGGACACCACCCAGACAACAAUAGAGGACAGUGAUGACGAUGAAAGUGUGGGGUUGCCACCAUCAUCAUCUUCAACAACAACAACAAUAGAGCCGUGCAGUGGACGACGGGCACCCACCAACUUUCAUGUCUACAUCUUCCUACGGGAUGCAAGGCUUCUUAGGUCGCUCUUGCAUGUUGGAGUUGCCAAAUAUUUACACGUAGAGAUUUCAUCUAAAGGUGCUUAUGCUAGCAGUCGCAGUACAGGUGUUGAUGGUGGCUGCAAAGGCUCCAGUCAAGGCAGGGGUAGCUGCGGUGAACAAGUACCAGUUGUAAGCAGCCUGCGGCGGCAGAAGCCAACUGGUAGCACCUGCUUAUAUGGAGAUGGAGACAACAUCAUUCCCAUUCCCACCACAUUCGAAGAUGCUGGUGUUGGUGGUGCCCCAGCAAUCACAUCGAUGUGGCCAUGCCCACCCAUUCCUUUUAGUUUCUCAUGUGUCCAUUGCUAUAUCAGCAUACAAGAGGAUGAGCUCCGGACAGGAUUGCCGCAAGAAGAAACCAAUAAUGUUGCUGCUACGACGACUUUGCCGGAUUUUGUGCAUGACAAAGCCAGGACUCUGUACUUGCAUGACAGCUUGUUUGUCACCUGCAUCCCAGGCCAUACGUCACCUUCUGCGAUAGAUUUGGAUUGGGGCAAUCUACGGUGGUGUCGGCUGGAGAGGUGCCCAAACUUACAAGGCACCGUUUUCAGUGGUCCACGAAUUGGCGGGUUCAAUGUGUUUGUGGAUUUGGAGGCGUUCUGGGCAUCCCAACUCCCAAAGGCCCGAUACAUCUGGGACUGGAGCAUGUCGUCGUUUCGGCCUGGAUUUUGGUCAUUCAAUGACCUGGUGUUCUUACACCUAGAAAACUGCCCCAGGCUCCUACAUGUGCUCCCCCUGUGCUCGUCUAAUAACCGUGGAUGCUAUAGCUUGGAAACCCUCGAGAUCAUUUGCUGCGGUGACCUCAGGGAGGUGUUUCCAUUGUUGGACCCUGCAGAAUCGGAGCAGCAACAGAUCAUCAAGCCCAGAAGCUUUCCUAGCCUUCGGCGCAUCCACUUGCAUGAGUUGUCCAUGCUGCGGCGAAUAUGCGGGCGCAUGAUGUUCGCACCCAACCUUGAGAUCGUGAGAAUCAGGGGCUGCUGGGGCCUCAAGCGCCUGCCAGCCGUUGUUCGUCGCAGCCCUGCAGUGUCAGUACCCGAGGUGGACUGCGAGAAGGAAUGGUGGGAUAGCCUUGAGUGGGAUGGGGAAAAUGCUGAUCACCACCCGUCCCGGUACAAGCCCACCCACUCAGCAUACUACAAGAAGACCCUGCACAGAGCCUCCGUCCUCAGGUGA